UAGAAAAUAUAUUUGACAUUUGCUAUCGAUCGAUUUUAUUUAAUCCUUUUUCGUUUAUUACUGAAAUUAGUCUUGUUUACAAACUACCAAAAAAUACAUACAUAAUGGCAACAACGAGCAGUGGGCAAAGUAGUAACAGUGGCAGUGUUGGUGUGCUGGAGGAGCGUCGCAUAUGGGUUGGCAAUUUAGAUCCACGACUAACCGAGUAUCAACUCUUGAAAAUUUUGCAAAAAUGCGGUCCUGUCGAAAAGUUUGAUAUGCUGUUUCACAAGAGCGGCCCAUUGGUUGGGCAAUCACGCGGCUAUGCGUUUGUGACAUUCGGAACAGCUGACGCGGCGCUAACAGCUUUGGACAAAUUAAAUGGCACACCUGUAGCUAAUCGCCCGAUUGUGAUACGACUGGCGAAAAAUGUUAAUUACGAUGAACUCAACAAACAAAAACCUCGCAUUGAAAUACCUGCACUGGGCGCUAGUUCACGCGACGAUAAAAUGAGCAAAGAAGAAGCGAUACGCGCAAUAGAGGCCAAAUUACGUGCACUUGAGCGUAACGGCGAGGAAGAGUUGGAGUUGAAUUUGUUAAAUUCGGCUAGCUCACAAGUGCCAUUUAUACAACGCUAUCAAUUUAACAAAGACCGUGAUGCAAGCAGCAGUACCUCAGGCGGGCGCACAUAUACGAAAUCAUAUACCUCCGCGCCAUACAACCGACACCAACGACCGAAGCGCAGAUAAAAAAGGGAGUGCUAAGUUAUAAGUUGUAUUUAGAGUUUUUGUAUGUAUGUUUAAUGUUUAAUGAAUCUGGAUUACCAUCAAUUUCAUCAACUAUUUAUAAUUUUGCUCAUAUGCGCGUUAUGUAUACGUAUACUUAUCAAAUAUUGUGUUCAGAGAUUUAAGCCAAAUAAAGUAAUUUAUUUGUAAACAUGUAACACCGUAA